AUGCUUUCGCGCCUCGCGAAAGCUAUUUUCCUGCAGUGGAAAUCUAUUGUUGUCUUAGAUACUCCGCUUCUCUUCGAGUCGAAAACGCUGCUGCCUUUUUGCUCAAAGGUUGUUGUCGUCGCAUGUAGCAAAGACCAACAGUUAGCUCGAAUGCUUGCAAGGGAUGGAAAUGAGAAAGGUCUUUCUGAACAUGAUGCGAAGAAACGUCUUGAGAGUCAGAUUCCGCUCGAAGUGAAGGUUCGUCGUGCAGAUAUCGUCAUAGAUAAUUCCCAGGACGUUGACCUGUUGAAGCGUAGCGCCAUGGAGGUGUUGGACCAAGUGCGGCCCUCGAAUGCUGGGGAACUAGCAUUCCGUGCCAUCGUGUUGGGUUGUGCCGCAAAGCUUACCGGAACGAUUGUUCGUGCUGUGUACAAUACGGUCAUUCGAUAA